CUGAAAUGUUGAACCAAAUUUCGCCGAGCUUGGGGACAAAAAAAGGAGCCUGGAGCUCGCCGCAGCGGCGCUGGCUUGAUGGCUAAUGACUCAAUGUUCUAUUUAACUGAACGUAGCGUUGACCUUGAAGCAUGUCAAUGCCGAACCAUACGGAUCAGAAGCCGCAGAGUAGCAUUGAGCUGACAAGGGCCGCGACCGCAUGCUCUCAAGUCGACCGGUGUCCAGCGCAAGGAAUAGGGCUAACGCCGUUGAGUGCGCUUGCUUACCUUUAUUUGUUCUGCGCUCGAUCCCCAGCAGAUGAUGAGCGCGAAGUUCGCGCGCUCCUGACCUCGUACAUCGUUCAUUGCAU